AUGCCUGUUAUUAUUCGUGAUAUUAAUUGGGAAGAAACUGAUACAAAUUUAGUUUUACAUAUUCCUAUGAAAGGUGCAAAAGCAACUAAACUCGAUGUACUUUCAUCAGAUCAAUAUCUUAAAGUUUCAUUUUCUCCAUAUUUCUAUGAAGUUUUUCUUCAUGAUCUUAUUGAUGAUGAUAAAAGUCGAAUUAUUAUACAAGAUGGUUUUGUUGAAGCAACAUUAACAAAACAAUAUCCUCGAAAAUGGAAUCAACUUUCACAUAGUCAAUCAGAUGAUAAAGAAGCAAUGAAAAUUGUUCGAGAAGAUGCAUUAAGACAAAUAGCAGAGAAACAAAAACAACGUAAUGAAGCAAAUGCAUCAUUAUUGAAUACAAAUAAACGUGAAGCUGUUCGUGAACAAAUGAAGUUAGAGGAAGAUGAACGUAAUCGAAUUGAUACGAUUAAAAAAACUGAACGUGAUAAAAUUAGUGAUGAAAUGAAACAAUUUGAAGAUAAUCAAAAAAUUCAACGACAAGUAGCAAUACAAAAUCAUGUACAUGAAGUUCAAUCACAGAAAAAAGUCGACGAAAUAGAAAAGAAAAAAAUAAUUUUUGAAGAAAAUACUUCAAAAGAAAAUUCACGAAUUAAUGUAGAACCAAAGAUAACUGCACCAUUAAGAGAAACAGGUCGUAUAGCUGUCAAUUUUACAUCACGUGUAUUUCCUACACCUCUUCGAGAAUCUCAAACAGAAAUGGAAGAUGAGUGGUUAAGAAAACAAAUAGAUAGUCGUCAAUAUAAUACAGAUCUUCAACUUGAUUUAUCUGAAAAUGAGAAAGAUAUUGAUUAUCUUAAAACAAAAGCAAAUCAAUUUUUUCAACAAGGUAAUUUUCAAUCUGCUAUUGGUGUUUAUAGUCAUGCUAUUCGAAUUUUUCCUAAAGUGGCUAUAUUAUAUUCAAAUCGUGGUGCAUGCCAUUUUCAAGUACGAAAUAUGAUGAAGUGUGUUGAAGAUUGUUCUCGUGCACUUGAAUUACUUGAUCCACCUGUACUUGAUAAUUUACCACAACGAAUAAAAGCACAUGUCCGUCGUGGUACUGCUUUUUGUGAAUUAGAACUUUAUGCUGAAGGACUUCUUGAUUAUGAAGCAGCUCUAACAUUAUCACCUGAUGAUGAAAAAAUCAGACAAGAUGCACAACGAAUACGUAAUUUUCUUGAAAAAAAUCAAGAUUUUUCUUAG